AUGACAGGGACAGUGGACUAUGGACAGACAGCUGAAGACCACCAGUCCAUGCUGGUUCUCGUCAGGCACACUGGUUCUCUGCUGCACACGCAGAACUUCAACAGAGCCUUCGAGAGGAUUUCUCGUGUGGAUCAGAUCCAUGUGGAAGGGCAGAAGAGGAACAUCACAGUCCGCUACAAGAAAGUGUAUCCCCUCGAAUGCAACUCAUGGGGUGACUUCCAAGCUCAUAGAAAAGUUUUAGGGUUGAUAGUUGUGGGGAAAUGCCAGGACCAUGCUGAAUUCGCUGAUCUAUUUGACACAUAUAAGAGCAUAAAGGAGGAAUAUUCCUCAACAGUUAUCAAUUCCAGGCUGCUUGUGUUUGGAAUGAAUACUGAUGGCUCUCCAAUUGAAGCUGAAAAAGUUGAUCAAACAAAAAGUGAUACAAUUUACGCUGCAGAAGUGAAAAAAUGUGAGAAAGCAUGUAAUUGUGAUAGUAAUAACUGUUCGUGCUUACCUCAGACAAAAGAUGUGUUACUUUCCGCCUCAAAUUCUCGAGUGUCAGUGCCAUCUGUUUUAGAGCCAUUACCUGAGCAGACAGAAAUAGGUAAAAUCGAAGAUUCUGCGGGAGAUGUGGGUAAACCUGAUCAUGCAGAUCAGAAUAAUUUGACUUCAGAUGUGCCAUCUCUAAAUCUGCCUCGGCAGGAAGAGAAACGAACUCACAGUAACAGCUUAACAAAAGAAAGCACGGGUGCCGAAAUUGUGUUCUACCCCAGUCUUGAAACUGGAAGUGAUUUAGAGGACAGAAUGAAAGAGUUUGUGACCUCAUUGUAUUAUGUUCUGGAGGGUAAGCGGCUGGACCGAUCUUUUGAACGUAAUGACAAGCUCACUUUGUUGUGUGCACCAUUUGAGAAGAAGGAUUUUGUUGGUGUUGAUACAGAUACAAAGUCUUUCAGGAAGAAGUGCAUGGGCAGGUUGCGGAAACAUCUGGGAGAUCUGUGUAUGCAAGCCGCUAUGCCAGGCGAGGCAGUGUUGCACUACAAUACAGCGCUGGAUCUGCUGCGAUCUGUCAACGAUUUCUUGUGGAUGGGAGGUUGUUUGGAAGGCCUGUCAUGUGCAGCAAUAGUCCUUGCUUACCCAAAGACCUCUCCUCUUGUGCUGAGGAGGAAUCUGUCCUUCCAGACCAGACGAGGUUCCCCUGUAACCGAGGCGAAAAACAGAACAGGAUCCAGUUAUGCCAAUGGAUUGGAUGUUUUGUCUGAGGCUAUCCCUCCUGGAGGUUUGAACAUAGACGAUGUUGUGGAGAAAUACAAGGAGGCCAUUACUUAUUACAGCAAGUUUAAAAAUGCUGCCAUGGUUGAGCUAGAGGCUUGUUUGAAGGCUUGCCGAUUCCUCAUCUUACAACAAAAAUUCCUGCAGGCCUCAGAUUUUCUCCAGAAUGUGGUUUACAUCAGCCUGCCGACUCAAGAAGAUGACAGGAUUCAGCGGUUCAACACGUUGUCAGCUCUGUACAGCCAGAUUGGCUUUAGGCGGAAGUCUGCCUUCUUUAAACGUGUGUCAGGGAUGAACUGCGUGGCCCCUGACAGUUCGCCCAGCUGGUCCCAGUGUUAUGAGCUUCUGCUGCAGUGUCUGGAAGGCUACAGCUUGUCUGUCAAUCCUAGAGAGAUGGAUAAAGAUCACAAGACGGGCUGGCCAGUGCUGCAGUAUCGGGUCUUACACGAGCUGGUGUAUGCUGCCAGGCGCAUGAGUAACCCUCAGAUAGCAGUCAGGCAUAUGACCUUGUUGGUUGACCUUAUGCUGCCCCACUUGGGGGUCAGUGACCAGCGAGAGGUCAUGUCUGGCUUGGCUGUGUUGACCUCCAAGUGUCCUGGCACCACAAACCCAAUAGCUCUGGAGUCUGGGCUAAUUCUGCCGCCCGUUCCUUUGUUGUCCCUGCCAGCUGUCAGGUCAUUUCGACUGCUGCCUUUGAGCCCACAUUUACAAGCCAGCAAACUGGAAGCUGUCACAGACAGUCCGUCGGGGGUGUUUAUCUACACACCUCUGCUUCUGAACAACAAGCUUGUCGAUGAAAGUAAACCAGAUUUCAAGUGGGUUUGUGGGGACAUCUGUGAGGCAUCUCUGCAGUUGCAGAACCCACUUGCUGAUGAGCUGAAAAUAUCAUACAUGAGUCUGAUGACAUCUGAUUUAGAGACAGAAAUAUUUCCAGCCAAUCCGGUGAUCCCUCCUGAUUCUGGCGUCAUGAAUGUUAAACUGAUGGUUAAACCAAAGAAAACUGGGACACUCAAAGUUCUGGGUUACACAACGGUUGUGUCUGGAGUGAGAAGCAACUGUCGCCUGCGUGACCUCGUCAACCUGAAGCCCUCACCAAUGACAGAGAUUGUGGUGGAUGUUGUGCCACCGCUGCCUCAGAUGGUGUUGUCCUGCUCGUUGCCCAAGUCCACCAUGUUCACCACCGUAGCUGGCAGCGCUGAUGUUGUAGCAACUGGUUCCGCAGUUCUCUUUGCUGGACAGAGUACUGAGUGUACUGUGACUCUCCAGAACACAUCAGAACACAGCGUGCAGAUGUUGUCUGUGAAACUCAACUCCAAGAGUGAUGUUCAAGGUUCCAUGUCUAGGAUCCUGACCUGGAGUGAGGAGAACAUCCAAUCACAGCUGCCGUUACAGCCAGCCAGUCAGCUUUGUUUUUCCUUAUGCAUUAAUGGAGAUAGCGACUUCCUGCCACCAUCUGACCAGCUGCUCCGUUCACCUUCGCAGACUAGUCGUGGGAGAGUUGAAACUGUGGACAGUAGGGACAAGACUACAGACAUGGUGCUGUCACUUCGGUACAGCGGAGGGGAAGGGUUCAAGGCCGGCUACUGUCGCCAGUGUUCCCUGGCUCUGAACCUGGAUAUCGUGCCCAGUGUGUAUAUCACUAACUGGGAUGUUCAGGAUAUCAACAGUGACAACGAAUGCUGUUUGUGCCUUGACCUGAUCAAUGUCUCCUGUCAUCAGGUUGAUGUACAGUAUGGACAUGAUUCAAAUAUCAUCCUGGAACCCCAGCAGACCCGCAG